AGGUGGAUGUUGGGGCCCACAAAAAUUAGGGGUAAAAUCCCCAACUAUUGAGGAUGCCAUAAGGGAGGCUGAAAAGAAAAAAGAAAAAAGAAAAAAGAAAAAGAAAAGGUUCUCUGUAAAAUUAAUCAAUCGACAGAAUGUCAUCAUCUUUUCCUCACGAACUCCAUUAAUGGCUAACAGUGACCAAUUUUCAGGACUUUCCGCGGUUAAACCAUUCUGUCGCCAUUGUAGCACCACAUUUUCUUACAAAAGGACAGCUCUGUUUCGUUCACUUUCAGGACCCUCCGGUUGCUGAUAACUCCAGCAACCGCGCCACCAACCACUUGCUCUCGUCCGCCUUCUACGGCGGUGGAGCGUCCUGGGAGAAGCACGUUCAUUCGCCUCUCAUCCACUCCCCGCGCCACAAACGGCAUGUCGGUUCUGGUCACCGGCGCGGCCGGGUUCGUUGGCUCUCACUGCUCUCUCGCCCUGAAGAAACGCGGCGACGGGGUUCUAGGGCUGGAUAAUUUUAACUCUUCCCUGAAACGCGCUCGCCAGAAGCUUCUGGAGAAGCACAAGAUCUUCAUCGCGGAAGGGGACCUCAACGACGCCGAGCUUCUAAACACCGACGUCCCGUUUUCCGAAGACGACAGGACUGAUCAGCCCGCGAGCCUUUACGCCGCCACCAAGAAAGCCGGCGAAGAAAUCGCCCACACGUAUAACCACAUUUAUGGCCUUUCAUUAACCGGACUGAUGAGGUUUUUCGCCUUGUACGGCCCCUGGGAGCGGCCGGACAUGGCGUACUUUUUCUUCACCAAGGAUAGGAUAUGAUUCAGGGGAAGCCGAUCAAUGUGUACGUGACGCAGGAGGAUAAGGAGGUGGCACGUGACUUCACCUACAUCGUCGACGACGUGGUGAAGGGGUGCCUGGGGUGCUGGACACGGCGGAGAAGAGAAACGACAAUGGAGAAGAAAUGAUAAGAAGAUGACAAAAGAUUUGAUUUUACAUUCUUGCCAUC